AUGUCGGAAUUUCAGCCGUAUUUGCAGCGGAUGCGGGAGCCGUACGGGCGAUUCGUUGACGUGCAGGAGCAUUCCACGUGGGAGUUGGCCACUGGGGAGGCACCCGGUGCUGACGUGGACAGCGAGGGGAGAGAGGAACGGAAAGGGAAGGGUAUUCUAGCAUCGCGGUCAGAAGGUCAGGGUCUAGCAGCGUGUCUCAGGGAAAUACCCCCGGUGUAUUUCGACGAGCAUUUUGCCCUUGAGCGGAAGGAGAUUUUUGACACGGUCUGCCCGUCUCCCUCCAUUCCCGCGAAUAUGCUUCUACAGGAGAAAUUAUCGCAUUACUUAGACCUCGUCGAAGUGCACUUAGUUAAGGAAAUCUCUUCCCGCUCCGACUCGUUCUUCGAGGCCCUGGAAAAACUGGAAGAUCUGAACCGUGGGAUUGUGGAGACGUGCGAUCGCAUCCGUCUGUUGCGCGGCACGGUGGGGAUGCUGGACGAGGAUCUGCUGGAAGGAUCGCGGAAGCUGCAGGCGACCAAGGUUCGGCGGGAGAACCUGCUGCAGCUGCAUCAGAAGCUGAAGCUAGUGGCGUUCGUGCACCAGGCCAUGGCGACGUUGAAGCUGGUAAGGAGCAAUUCGACGUUCCUUACUGCCCAUCCUCCCACCCACCACCCCACCACCCAAUCCCCAUCAGCUGGUGUCAUCGGGCGACUGUGCGGGCGCGUUGGACGUGAUGGACGACUUGAAGCGCCUCAUGGAGGGCAGCGAGCUCACUUGGUGCUCGUGAUGCUGGCGUGCGCGCCUUGCUUCCUGCCCUCUCAUCAUUCCUUGCUGCCCAUGCCGCUCUUCACCACCUCUUCCCUGCCCAUCAGCUGCGGUCGUCACGCAACUCUGGUGUCCUCGGGCGACUGUGCGGGCGCGUUGGACGUGAUGGACGACUUGAGGCGCCUCAUGGAGGGGCAGGAGCUGGCAGGGCUGCACUGCUUCCGCCCCCUCAACGACCUCCUCCUCUCCUCCUCCGAUGCCGUCAACAGGUCUGUUUCCCUCUCUUACCCUCCUGCCAUUCUCACAUCCCUCUCUGCACUGCUUCUGCUGUCAACAGCUGACUUUGUCCGGGAAGCAGUGCACGAUGCUGCUGACGUGGCGCCUUCCGCCAUAGUCACCAGCUUCAACAUGCAGAAGAGUGUGCCCCCAGCUGCAACGCUGCUCUCUAUAGUCAACCUCGAGCGAGAGGGCAUGGAGGAGAGGGAGGCUCGCCUCAGGGAGCAUCUGCUGCCACUCGUCAUCAGCCUGCUGCGCACAUCGCGCCUGCCGGCAGUGCUGCGGGCCUAUCGGGAUGCAGUGAAUGUGGACAUCAAGGCGGCCGUGAAGACCGUGGUGGGCGAGCUGCUGCCGCUGCUCUUCCUGCAGCACGCCGCCGCUGCUGCUGCUGCUGGUGGGGCGCCGGGUGGUGCAGGAGGCGAGGGGGGCGACGCUGCAGCCGAUGCCCUCAAUGCGCCAUCGCUCGCCCUCAAGCUCCGUGCCCUCGCCCCGCCUGCCUUCGUCCACUUACUGCUCGCCGUCUUCUCUGCCGUCCAGACCCGCCUCGUGCGGGCGGCAGCCGUUCGGAACGUAGUGUCUGGCAUUGCCACCGCCGGAGCUGCUGCCGGUGCUGCUGCCACGGCCGCCGAGCCUGCCAUGGGGUACGAGGCUGCUGCCGUGGCUGCGGCGUUUGCUUCGGGGGCAGAGCUAGUGGUGGCUGCCGAGGCUGCUGAGUCGAAGCUGCUGGGGAGAAAGGGGGUGGGAAAAGGCUUGGGAGGGGGAGGGGCGGCAGGUGGCGUUGGGGGAGCAGCAGGGAGUGGGGAGGCAGCGGGGGGCGAUGUGAGCAGCGUGACUGCUUUAGCCACGUCCAAGCAGCUCAGAGCGGACGUGCUGAGGGAGAAUGCGGAGGCAGUGAGCGAUGCAUGCGAGGUGGCGCACGGGCGGUGGGCGAAGCUGCUGGGCGUGCGAGCACAGGUGCACCCGAAGCUGUCUUUGGGCGACUUUGUGGACAUGUACGCUGUCACCUCCGACUUCAUUGCCUCCACUGAACGGGUGGGCGGCAGGCUGGGCUACAGCAUACGGGGCGCGCUACAGUCGCAGGCCAAGGCGUUUGUUGAGACACAUCACUCGAAGGAGAUGGCGCUCAUCCUCUCGUCCCUCCACAAGGAAAUCUGGAAGGCUAUGGCACCCAUUCUCUCGCUCCUCAACAAGGUGAUCCUGUGCUUCAUCCUCUCUUCACUGAAAGAAGGAGGUGAUCCUGUGCUUCAUCCUCUCUUCACUGAAAGAAGGAGGUGA